ACUCAUCUACCACUGAGUUACACUCCCAGCCCCCACCUCAAGACCUCUCAGACCUCCUGCAGGGCUCUCCCCCCCCCCCAACUCACAGACUUACUCCAAAGAGGGGGGCAGGAGAAAGGGAGACAGACCCUCUCCAAUAUCUGUCCCCCUCAGAAGGCCAGGAACUUCUGGAUUUGCAAAGGGGGGCGUAGAUAAUAGAUAAUAGAAAGAGUUACUCUUCAGGCCGGUCUUGACAAACACGGACUGUUGGUUGACCAGGCAAAAACAAAUAUUAAUCUGAAUGCUUGGUUUGUAUCCUGUCCUGUGAGAGAGGGAUCCUAAGGCCAGCCCUCUGGAGCGCCUGAGAGACUGGCUCCCUUUUCAUUGGAAAUGUGACAUUCUAGAAGGCACUGGUCUACAAUGUUUGCCCUCUGUGCCCUUCUAACACGAUGAAGAAGAAGAAAUGGCGGGCGGUUGCGAUGAUCGGCACCUCGCUUUCCCCCGGAAUGCCUCCAUUUCUGACACAUCUGCUAUUUGGUAGUCGGGAUGGGGCAAUGCAGUGGACUCUGUCCCCUGAGGUCACUCACCCUUCCCUCCACCCCCGCCUAGCUCAGGUGUUGCUCAGGGACCUGAAGGUGGCAGGGCCCGGAGGCUCACCAGCCGCGCUCACCUCACAUCUGGAAGCCUCCAACUUCCUGAGCUCGCCUAUUCACAGAACUGCCGGUCGAAACUCACUAGGUGGGAGGUUCAUCAGCUGGGAAGAAUCGGCGCCUGGGGGGGAUCUGGCUGGAUAGGUAUGGGGGAUCGAGGCCAAGCCCCUAGUCCCCGGUCCCCCCAUGGCAGCCCCCCAGCUCUAAGCACCCUCACUCUGCUGCUGCUCCUCUGUGGACAGGCUCACUCCCAGUGCAAGAUCCUCCGCUGCAAUGCCGAGUACGUCUCGUCCACUCUGAGCCUUCGGGAAGGGGGCUCACCGGGCACGCCGCGUGGAGGCGGCCGUGGUGGGCUGGCCUCGGGUGGCUUGUGUCGCGCCCUGCGCUCCUAUGCGCUCUGCACUCGGCGCACGGCCCGCACCUGCCGCGGGGACCUCGCCUUCCACUCGGCGGUGCACGGCAUCGAGGACCUCAUGAUCCAGCACAACUGCUCCCGCCAGGGCCCCACGGCCCCGCCCCCGGCCCGGGGCCCCGCCCUCCCCGGAGCUGGCCCCGACCCCCCGACCCCAGACCCCUGCGACUACGAGGCCCGGUUUUCCCGGCUGCACGGACGGGCCCCGGGCUUCUUGCAUUGCGCCUCCUUCGGGGACCCCCACGUGCGCAGCUUCCACCACCACUUCCACACAUGCCGUGUCCAAGGAGCCUGGCCCCUGCUGGAUAACGACUUCCUUUUUGUCCAGGCCACCAGCUCCCCCGUGGCAUCGGGGGCCAACGCUACCACCACCCGGAAGAUCACCAUCAUCUUUAAGAACAUGCAGGAAUGCAUUGACCAGAAAGUCUACCAGGCCGAGGUGGACAAUCUUCCUGCAGCCUUUGAAGACGGCUCCGUCAACGGAGGCGACAGACCCGGGGGCUCGAGUCUGUCCAUUCGAACUGCUAACCCCGGGAGCCAUGUGGAGAUCCGGGCUGCCUACAUUGGGACGACUAUCAUCAUUCGACAGACAGCUGGACAGCUGUCCUUCUCCAUCAGGGUCGCCGAGGAUGUGGCGCGGGCCUUCUCCGCCGAGCAGGACCUGCAGCUGUGUGUCGGGGGAUGCCCUCCGAGUCAGCGACUCUCACGCUCGGAGCGCAACCGGCGCGGGGCCAUGGCCGUGGAUACUGCCAGAAGGCUGUGUAAGGAAGGCCUUCCCGUUGAAGACGCCUACUUCCAAUCCUGCGUCUUUGAUGUUUCAGUCUCUGGGGACCCCAACUUUACUGUGGCAGCCCAGACAGCUCUGGAUGAUGCCCGAGUCUUCUUGCCGGAUUUAGAGAAGUUACAUCUUUUCCCCUCAGAUGCGGGGCCUCCUCUCUCCCCAGCCACCUUCCUGGGGCCGCUUCUCUCAGGCCUCCUUGUUCUGUGGCUUGGCAUUCAAUGUGUGACAUGGAGUUGAGACAAUGUGUUCACUUCCACUGAAAGACAUCUCAGAGUUCUCAGCCAUUGGAUCUGCCCUUUUGGAGUUCACCGGCUAUUAUUGGACAAAACUGAUUCACAGGAGGGAAUCAUGAGUAUUAUUAUUAUUUAUUAUUAUCAUUUGUUGUUGUUUUUUUCCCAUGGAGCCUCAUGGAGCCCAGGCUGGCCUUGAACUUCUGGUCUGACUGUCUGUACUCCUCAAGGGCUGGAGUUGAAGUGCACCUAUGUCUCGGAGAGUGUAAUUCUUCACCCAAUUCUAUGGCCUUUGGAUUCAUGUGGGGAGACGGUGGUUGAGAACCAGGGUACUGAGCAGUAAUGAAAGACACAGAGACGAACACAGAGACGACGCUGUGAUCUGUGUUAGGUCUGAACAGUUCAGGGCUUUGCAGGAAGUGAAAACCGUGGGGAGUUAUCCACAGAGUCACCGGUAACGAGGAAACUAGUGAGACUCCGAGGACAAGCGUGGAGUCAUGAGAGAGAAGGCUUAGAUAGGCUGAAGGAAUUACAGAGCACCACCAGAGUGCGGCCACAGAGUUCACACUGACCUCCAACAUUUAUUUAGAACUUCAAAUCUGCCAGGCAGUGUUGUCAACGCUUAAAAAAAAUGUGCAAUGGGGGCUGGAGAGAUGGCUCAGUGGUUAAGAGCACUGACUGCUCUUCCUAAAUGGUCCUGAGUUCAAUUCCCAGCACCCACAUGGUGGCUCACAACCACCCGUAAUGAGAUAUGGUGCCCUCUUCU